CUCAGCUGCUGAGUGUGCAAGGCUGCUGGGCAAAUGGAGCGGCGCGCGUCCAGGGGGCCCGGCCCUAUAAAAACACAGGCGAGGGUCUCUCCCCCGACAUUGAUUAUACUGGAUCUGUCCCACCUCAGUACUGUCUAGAGUAACCCCCGAGGGAGAAACAGUAGCCAUGAACACUCAACAAAUGGAGCAGAUGGGCCAGUUCAAGAUCACAGUCUGGGAGGAGGAGAACUUCCAGGGCAAGCGCUGUGAGUUCAUGCUGGAGUGCCAGAACAUCAUGGAGAGGGGCUUCAACAAGAUCCGCUCCAUCAAGGUUGAGAAUGGACCCUGGGUGGGUUAUGAGUACCCCGAGUUCCAGGGACAGCAGUUUAUCCUGGAGAAGGGAGACUACCCUCGCUACGAGGCCUGGAGCGGAAACAGCAGCUACAGAACCGAGCACAUGCUUUCCUUCAGACCCAUCAAGUGCGCUAACCACAGUGACAGCAAGGUGACCCUGUACGAGUGCGAGGACUUCCAGGGCCGUAAGUUCGAGAUGUGCGAUGACUACCCCUCCCUACAGGCCAUGGGCUGGUGCAGCAAGGAGGUGCCCUCCAUCAAAGUCAACUCAGGAGCCUGGGUCGCCUACCAGUUCCCUGGUUACCGUGGCUACCAGUACAUCCUGGAGAGAGACAGACACCAAGGCGAGUACAGAAACUACAACGAGUUCAGCACCCAGGCUCACACCAACCAGGUGCAGUCCAUUCGUAGGAUCCAGCACUAAGCCUUCGUUCUUGCCUGCCUGACCCAACCUGAGAAUUAAAAAAGAAAAAAACUCUCCCCGAACCCCUGGACAGACCGCUGUCACAGAACAGUAGACGGACAAACUCUUUCUAUCAAUCUGUGGCUCUGCAUGUAUGGAUAUCUGAGUAUCUACUUCUUCUACCAUGCUAAAGCAUGUUCUUGAUAUAGGAAAUAAAGGCUUUUCUUCAAAACUAGAGACUGUUUGUCGGCAUUCCUUUUUCUUUUUACAGUGAAAAUGACCACCAUGAUGAAUUAAACAAAAAAGGCAGUGAUUGGCUGUCAAUCAUUUUUUGCACAAGCUCUGCAAGAUCAGAGCCCCCUCUGCUCUUUUAGCUUUAACCAGGCUGUUAUCAGAUAGAUAGCUCCUGCUUUGUGUUCAUCUAGAGGACAUAUUUAGCCUUUUA